AUACCUUUCUUUGUUUAUUUACACUCUCUCUCAACUUCAAGCUAAAAUCAUUACUAUACAAAAAUCUCUAUAAUAUCAAAUAUGGGAGUUUUAAAGAGGAGAGUUUCAAAUAGUAGAGGACUUGGUGGUGUUCUUAGAGAGCAAAGAGCUAGGCUUUACAUCAUCAAACGAUGUGUUGUGAUGCUUUUAUGUUGGCAAGAUUGAUCCAAGUGGUGAUUCUUUGAAGCUGAACCGGAGCAAACCGAUGAUAGCAAGAAGUUAUGAACGAUAAACACUGGUUUGGGUGGUGUUAAAAAAAAAACACUGGUUUGGGUUUGCUUGCUCAUCGUCGAUCAUGAGGGAAUAAAAGAUAAACAGUUUUGAUAUGGGCUAUAUGUUUAUAGUUGGUUGUUAAUUUGUAAAAACGACGAAUAAACGUUGGGAUAGUUUUGUAAUCGCUUCAGCUCCUUGUAUAAAUUCGCAUAUCUCACACAUAAUCUAACCAAGACCAGUUCUUAUUUUCUUA